AUGACCUCGGCGUACCAAGUAGCGAUGCGCUUUUCCUCCUUUGCGAUCGUGUCCGUCACUCUCUGCAGCCUUGUCUCCGCUUUCGUUCGUUCAACCAAUACCCCAUUGAAGAGCCACAUGAAGGCGGAUAACUAUGUUGAUCCAAAAAAAGUUUUGGUCUUCAAUUGUGACGGAAAAAUCUUUAGUUCGAGAAGAAUCCGAUCAGCAGCAAGAAGCGCCUGCAAGGUCAUCAGGAAGAAGAAUCGCAGCUUCUGGAACCCCAACAAUUUGAACCUAAAAGUCUAUGAAAGUUCAGUUAAAGUCGACACUAUCGGUGACACAAAUAUAGUGAGCGUUGAUAAUACCUUUAGUUGGCCAAUCAAAAGUGGAAUCUACCGACUUCUUCCAGCGAAAAAAGGUCGUUAUCGAAUAAUCUUGAACAUACGAUGUCGAGUUUUAAAUCUCAUGUAUAUCAAAAAAGGACAGUACAAAGCGUGCUCCCUCAAAACUUUGAGCCCCAAGACAUGA